AAGACAUAAAGAGGGAACUGCCGAAGGAAUUUGUGAGGAACUGAGAGCAGCGGAGUGCACUUGAAGGGAAAGGGAGAAGCGACGAGCAGACACCAAGGUUACGCAUGAAAAGUCUGAGGAGGAUUUAAACAAAGCGCAGAGAGGCAGAGAAGCAAAAGAACAGGUGGAGUUGGUUGGCUUUCAAUCUUAGCUCUCAGUUAAUUACCACUUUCUCACAGUAGUGAAAGAAAGCAAACAACAGCAAACAGAAAAGGGCAGCUGAAGGCAGGAGAAGUGAAAGCAGAAGUAACAAGAAAAGCAGGGACAGACGGCAGCUAGAAAAGUUGGGUCCACAAGUUUAAUUGAGGAAGAGAAACAAAGCGGGAGAGACGAGGCUGUAAGGAGUGAGCGAGGGAGGGAAUAAAGUAAGAAAACAGCAGAUACUCAUUGACAGAGAGAACUGGACUUAACUCAAUGGAUUACUGACAUCAGCAAAACAAAAGGAAGAAGAGCACCAGCACAGAGGUCACUGUGGUCGAGCAGCAGUGUAGCUUGCCUGAGACUGUCUACUAUGCAACACAGCUGAGAGUCAGACUCAAGCGCAGACACAGUUCACACAGACAGUCCUCUCUGUAACGGCACCAUGUUGAUGAAAGAGUACCGCAUAUGCAUGCCCCUGACUGUGGAUGAGUACAGGAUUGGGCAGCUGUACAUGAUCAGUAAGCACAGCUGUGAGCAGAGUGGCGGGGGAGAAGGGGUGGAGGUGGUGAGGAAUGAGUCAGAUAUUCACCCUCAGCACGGCGUGGGACAAAUGACAGAGAAGCGGAUCUACCUGAACAGUAAACUGCCGUCCUGGGCGAGAGCGUUUGUCCCACGAUUCUUCUACGUGACAGAAAAGGCCUGGAACUUCUACCCGUACACCAUCACAGAGUACUCAGUAUCAUACCUCCCCAAGUUCAGCGUACGCAUUGAGACGAGAUUCGAGAACAACAAUGGCACUAACGACAAUGUGUUUGGGGACACGCCGACACCAGCAGGGAAUGUAAGUUUCCUGGAUAUCCUGAGUGACCCGAUCCCUGAAAGGCACUACAAAGAGUCAGAGGAUCCGAGUCGCUGGCUGUCAACUAAAACAGGCCGAGGGCCUCUGGAGGAAGGCUGGAGAGAAGACCACAAGCCCAUUAUGUGCUCCUAUAAGAGGGUGCAGUGCAGCUUCGAGGUGUACGGCUUCCAGACCAGGACUGAGGAGUUCAUACACAAAACCAUCCAGGACAUUCUUCUGGUUGGCCACAGGCAAGCAGUGACGUGGAUAGAUGAAUGGCACGGGCUGAGUUUGGAGGAGGUGAGAGAGUACGAGCAGACGAUGCAAGAGAAGACCAACAGCAAAGUCAAAUCCAGCCAGAACAACGCAGGCCCACCGGCUGCCUCCCGUCCUGUGUUCUCUCGCUCCAUCUCAGUGACAGACGAGUGUUCCCUGAAGAAGAUGGGAGUGACGACUGCGGCCAUGUCUGACCCCUCUGCCUCCUCUGUGCCACACAGUCCUAUUCGCCUCCACUCCACCCCUGAAUGAUGCCUCACACGCACACAUGUACUGUACACCGCAUACACACAGAAACCACUGUCUACAUUCACCAGUCAUGUUAUGUUACUAUGUUACACUAACACACCCACACCCACACGCACAGUGACUUUAACAAGCCUAAACUUAUUUGCUCUGUGGGAGUGUUAGAUGAGAAGAUCAGUUUCAUUUUCGUAUCUGUCUUUCAAAUAUAAGGCUACAGAUGAUAUCUGGUUGGUUUAGCAUAAAGAGUAGGAACAGCGGGAAACUGCUAGGCUGUGCAAAAGUAACAAAAUCCGCUUGCCAGCAAUUCUAAAGAUAAUUUAUUAACAUGUUUAAUCCGUACAAAAAAGAUGUAUGUAUGAAAUGAAGUAUGGAAAAUACUAUUCACAAUUUUACAGGGGUUAGUCUACACUUCCGAUUUAUGUGCAGAUUAAACAAGUGAGAUAUAACAUAUUAAUAAUGUAUCUUUAGAUGUGCUGGUAGGCAGGUUUUGGAGUCAGACGAGCUGCUUUCCCCUGUUUCGAUUUUUUGUGCUAAGCUAACUGGCUGCCGGCUUCAUAUUUACUGUACACAUAUAUUACAAACAACUAUUUCCCAAAAUGUCCUUUAAGAAAUAUUUAUCUGUUCCUAUGCACAUGUAGUUGCUCUCCUCACUGCAUGUUAUAACCACAUAAGUGCCGCUCAAGAACACGCAAAAGAUUCUGUGCCUCGCGACAAUUUCUACUGUUUCGACAAAAAAAUCCGUCCAGUGUCUUCUACAACCUGUAUAUUUCAGAGCUUUGGGUCAGUACCUUAACCAUGGUGGAGCUCAGAGACCUCCAGUGGGGCUUUCCAAUUGUUUCCCAGCCCUCGCCCAGCAGCCUACAGACAGAUGCAUAAGGAGUUUAAUAGAGUGGAUCUAAUGAGAGAAGAGGAGAACGGGGGAGGCUGUCAAUGCUAUAGAUCUGCUCCCCUCUCCACCUCAGCCAAUAGGUCAGACCCGUGUAUUGACAGGGCAGUGAGGCGUUGUAUUGGUUCCUUGAUCCCUUAGCUGAGCGCUUCAAAUGGGUCAAGCGAGGGCUCAACUUCAACUAUGAGUCAAUCAUAUCCCCAUUUAUAAGACUAUUAAUUUAAUUUCUUUGAUGUACAUUUAGAAGAGAAUGGGUUUUCACCAUCAGGGAGCCACAAUGAAAUAACAGUUUGCUGUCUUUAUUUGUAAAAAAAAAAAAAAAAAAAAUAUUUAGUUUGAAGUAUAAACAUGAAUCAAGUCGAAGAUGUAUGUUUAAAUUACACUGUAUAGUCUUUUUUCAUGAAUUUAUUUAUCAAUAAAUACAAUUUCCAAAGAGAGAAUUCACUCUCGUCCUGA